AUGGACUCCACAGUGACUUACCUGAUCUCCAUUGGUACUCUUCCCAAGCCAUUUCUUUGGGCCGACCCAAGUCCUGUGGUGCACCAAGGAGCAGAUGUGACCCUCAGGUGCCAGGGCCGACCAGGGAGUGACAGAUUCCAGCUCUGGGUGGAUGGACAUCUCAGAGAGGAGAAAAAUGACUCUUGGUCAUGGGCAGACUUUGUGCUCAGGAGUGUGAAUGACUGGAGAGAUGCGAGAAGCUACAGGUGCCGCUCUGGGCAGGGGCCCUUGUGGUCAAAGUACAGUGACCCCCUGGCCCUGGUGGUGGUAACAGGACCACUCCCCAAGCCCACUCUGUGGACCCACGCUGACCUUGUGGGGACCUCAAGGACCAACAUCACUCUGUGGUGCUCCAGGCCCAGGCUAUCUUCUCUUAAAGAGGUAACUUUCACUCUGUGGAAGUCUGGGACCCAGGCACCCUUACAACAGCAGCCCACAGAAGAUCUCUGGACUGACUUCUCCCUCUCCUCUGUGAGCCCUGAGGACACUGGGAGCUACAGGUGUGCUUACAGGACAGUCUCUGGGAGAGAAUCAGAGCUCAGUGAUGCCCUGGAGCUGGUGGUGCCAGGAUCUCUGCCCAAGCCUUCCCUCUCAGCCCUCCCAGGCCUGGUGGUGGAGCCUGGGCAGCAUAUGACUCUCCAGUGCAGGCAGCCUCUUCGGUCAGCACUCUGGAGAGCGACAUUCACUCUGCUGAAGGUGGGCAGCCUUCAACCCCUGCAGAGCCAGAGCCCAGCUGGGACCUCAGCUGACUUCCCCCUCCUGUCUAUGAGGGCCCAGAAUGUUGGCAACUACACCUGUGUCUACUAUAGUAGGAUGGCUCCAUACCAGGUUUCUGAGCCAAGUGAUGCCCUAGAGAUCUGGGUGACAGAUGAGCUCCCCAAGCCUUCCCUCUCAGCCUCACCUGGACAAGAGGUGGUCUCAGGAGCCAACGUGACUCUCUUUUGUUCGGGACCCUCAUGGGCUACUAGAUUUGUUCUGUACAAGAAGGGAGUUGAGAGAAUCCUGCACAGCAUGGAAGCCCAUGAAGAUCGGGGCCAGUUCCUCUUGAGUCACGUGACCCCCAGGCACUCUGGCAAUUACAGCUGCAGCUAUCAGCUGGGCACCAAUAAAAAUCUCUGGAAACAGCCUAGUGAUGCCCUGGAGCUUCUAGUAAGAGAUUCCAGUAACAAUCUCAUCAUCAUUCUCAGCUGUGUUUCUUUUCUCCUCCUCCUCUGCCUACUCCUGUUUGCAUUCCUCUGCCAUGGAUCCAUCUCUACAGCUGUUUUUGUUGUCCUUGUCUUCCUUGGAGGACCUGCCAGCCUCAUCAUCCUGAGGCACCCAGAGAAGAAAGCCCAUGUCCCCAUGGCUGAAGAACCUCAGGAAGUGACAUACACUCAGUUGAACAUAAGAAUGUUGAAAAAGAAGAAAACUGACCCUAAAAAGACUCCCACAGAAGCCACACUCUAUGCCAGUUUAUAUUAG